CCGACUUCUCUGUUGCGCUGCUUCUGAUCACCGAAGAGGGAAGUCUCUACUCCGACACCACAGGCAGCCAUGGCCAUAGCCGCCACCAUUUCUCUUCCAUUUUCUUCUCCAUCUCGACGCUCUCUCGCCUCAAUUUUUUCUCUCCGAUCGUCUGUUUCUUCUACACUUCAACUGGAUUCCUUUUCGAAGUAUUCGGCGCGGAGAAGAAGCCCUAGGCUCUCCGUAUCCGCGUCUUCCGCGUCUUCCGCGUCUUCCGCUGGCCUUGAAGUUACAGAGAAAGCGCUUUCUUCUUCUUUUCUUGACCGGAGAGAGAGUGGCCUCCUUCACUUUGUUAAAUACCAUGGUCUCGGCAAUGACUUCAUCCUGGUCGAUAAUAGGGACUCAUCAGAGCCUAGGAUCACCCCGGAGCAAGCUGCGAAGUUAUGUGAUCGAAACUUUGGGAUCGGUGCUGAUGGAGUUAUCUUUGCUCUGCCGGGCGUUAAUGGUACUGAUUAUACCAUGAGGAUAUUCAAUUCCGACGGGAGUGAACCGGAGAUGUGUGGUAAUGGAGUACGAUGCUUUGCCAGAUUUAUUGCGGAGCUUGAGAAUUUACAGGGAAGGCAUAGUUUCACUAUUCAUACUGGUGCUGGUCUCAUUGUUCCACAACUUCAGGAUAAUGGACUGGUAAAAGUAGACAUGGGCGAACCAAUUCUCAAAGCAUCAGAUGUGCCUACCCGAUUGACACCAAAUACGGACCAAUCUGUUGUUAAGGCAGACAUAGAAGUAGAUGGAGUUGCAUGGAGCGUGACCUGUGUCAGUAUGGGAAACCCCCAUUGUGUAACUUUUGGCAACAAAAUUGAGCAGAAUCUGCAGGUUGAUGACAUCAAUUUAGCUGCAAUUGGUCCAAAAUUUGAACAUCAUGAGAUGUUUCCAGCACGAACAAAUACAGAAUUUGUGCAAGUCUUCUCCAAUUCACACCUUAAAAUGCGUGUUUGGGAGCGUGGUGCAGGCGCGACGCUUGCUUGUGGAACCGGAGCCUGUGCGGUUGUUGUUGCAGCAGUUCUUGAAGGUCGUGCUGGGCGGAAUUGCACCGUUGAUCUGCCUGGAGGACCAUUACAGAUAGAGUGGAGUGAACAAGACAACCACGUAUACAUGACUGGACCAGCCGAAGUAGUGUUCUAUGGAUCGGUUCCCCUACAGUAAAAUCAUCCCAUAGAAUCAGGACAAAAGCAACUGUCAAUUUUUGGUCUCUCAGCCGGCACACAGCUCCUUUAGCCCCCUCGAUAAGUACGUGGCAACUUAUGAAAUGCUUCUUCUGUUUGUUCUUUCAUGAUUCUGUUAUGCACAUUGUCCUGAUUGAAUUAUAAUUGUCUUCUGUUUCUUGAGAAUAAAAGUUGUCUUUGCUUUUGUACUGAUA